UCUCGAAUUCUCUCUUUCUGAUCCUCGUUGAAAAUGUCUAAUGGUCAUCAAGAUCACGGUGACGCGCCGAUGACCACAGGAUCUAUGUCAGAUGGAAGCAUGAACAUGAGCUCAAUGGACAUGGUGAUGCACAUGAGUUUCUACUGGGGGAAAGAUGCUAUAAUCUUAUUCUCCGGAUGGCCAAAGGACAGCCUUGGAAUGUAUAUAUUGGCUUUCUUGUUUGUGUUUGUGCUAGCUGUUGCUGUUGAGGUUUUGUCAGUCUCUCCAAAAUUAAAACUGGGCUCCAAUGCAAUUGUGGGUGCCAUUAGUGAAGCCAGUGUUUAUGCCGUUCGCAUGGGAUUGGCUUACAUGGUUAUGCUCGCUGUCAUGUCUUUCAAUCUGGGAAUCUUUAUAGCAGCGGUGGCUGGCCAUGCAAUCGGCUUAUUUUUCGUCAAGGCUCGGGCUCUUGCCAACAGUAACCGAAGGGAUGUAAGCAGCGAUGCUCCUUUUCCUAAAGUUUGAUUUUUUUUUUUUUUUU